AUGUCUUCACCAAAAGAGACCAAUACCAAAGUCCCUGACUUUGAUAUCUGCAACCACUUAUCAAUCUGUUCAGACAGUAGGACCACCGCUGCUAAGAGGAUUGAUACGAGCAGUCAGACAGUCCUACUAUUCGGUCUAGAAGUAGACUACACUUCUCGGAGGAGCUUGUCAAGGAAGAAGAUUCGGAAGCUACUAAAGAGGACGAGGAAGAUACCGGACAGCCAGGCAGAAUCGAGAGAGGCGGACUUUGAGGACCUUGUUACUCCGCCCUGCGACUUUGACUGGCAGGAAGAUAAGUGGAAAAAGAAGUGCGUCCUGGGGAGGAAAGAAGAGGAGAGAGAGUCCUGGGUAGGAAAGAAGAGAGGAAAGAGAGAGUCCUGGGGAGGAAAGAGGAGAAGUACGUUCUGGGGAGGAGAGAAUAUUUCAGUCAGAUGACAAGGCUACGAGAGGAAGACUGUGGUGCGUAGGACACAGGAUUCGGACACAAGUCGUCUAAUCAGACUAUCAACCCCCCCCCCCCCCUUCUACAUUUUUUUUCUCGAAAGACACCGCUGCUAUGAUUAGAGGAGGAUCUUUGCCUUACCCUUUAUUUUAUAUAGGUUCGACUGUCUCUAGGGACAGAGACGAACCUAUAGGGGAGGAAUGUAACGGGGUAAGGCCGGACAUCAGGGAAAUAGGUUACGGGG